UCCUGGCGCCGGGUUUUCGCGGAAUCUUUUAAAAAAUCCACCUCUACUUUAAAGCAUUGGAGGAAAAAAAUAGCACCGAUAGGCAACUGAUGAUCAGAGGAGCAGCGAGGAUCAGAGUCGGAAGGCUGGCUGCUUUGCUUUCGAACUGUGUGAUCAUUACCAUAAGAGUGUGAAAGGAUGGGGGAUACAAAAAUGCAUUCGGGAAUUUCGGAUUGAGGGGGAAAAUAAUCUGAACGUGUUGUUUUUUCUCUUGUUUUCUUGGAUCUGGUUCUUUUGGAGGGGGAUUUAUUUUUACUUACAAAAUGCCAUUUGCCAAGAGGAUCGUGGAACCUCAGUUACUGUGCAGACAUGCCAUUCCCAAUGAUGAAGGUUUGCUUUUUGAGGAUUUGUGUUCUAUCAACAAUGUAGCUCUUUCCCGGACCUUGAGGCAGCUCUCCGACCUGGCCAAGCACGCCUGUUCCUUAUUUCAGGAGCUGGAGAACGAAAUCAUAUCCACGAACAAGCGGGUUUGGGUUCUGCACAACAAAAUAGGCAGAAUCCAGCAGACUGCCAGCGGUCUCGAUCCCAAGCAAGAGGCAGUGCCUGUCUCCAACCUGGAUGCAGAGAGCAAGCUGACAACACACUACCAGGCUCCAUGGCACCAGCAGCGCAACGUGUUCCACCCUUCCACUCGCCCGCCCUGCGUCGAGGAGCUCCAUCGGCAUGCCAAGCAGAACCUGCGGGCGCUGUACCGAGAUCAACAACAGAGGCAGCGGGCGAACAGCAGGGAGCGCAGGGUGACGAUCUCCAUCUCGGUGGCGCCUCCUAUGCCAGCCUUCCCCUCACCACGCACCUUGAGGCGGCGGGAACAGAGAAGCCGACACCUCCGAACGGAGAGACAUGGGAGAGAGAUAGAGUUUCAGCAAAUGCAAAGAAAGGAGAGGCCAAUGAGAGACACAGAAAUUCACCAAGCACAGAGAAAGGAGAGACCAGGAAGAGAGAUAGAAUUUCAGCAAAUGCAGAGAAAGUUUGGCAGAACCCGCUCCUCCUCCCCCACUGAAUGUUGCCACUUGACACCCUGGAGCAGAAAGGCUGUUCCUCCGACAGACCUUGACAUCGAUGUAGUCGCAUUAGGUCACAGGCCGAAGUGCCCGGUGCCUAAUAUCCCCUCAACACUGGACAAGCAGACCAACUGGUCUAAAGUGCUACCUCUCCCAACCCCAGAGGAGAAAAUGAGAACAGAGUCUCAAGUGAUUUCUUCAUGCAUUAUUCCCAUUAAUGUCACCGGGGUUGGAUUUGACAGAGAAGCCAGUGUGCGUUGCUCUCUUGUUCAUUCUCAGUCAGUACUACAAAGAAGACGGAAGCUAAGAAGACGAAAAACCAUCUCAGGCAUUCCCAGACGAGUACAGCAAGAAUUAGAUUCUGACGAAUCUCCAGUGGCGAGAGAGCGGAACGUGAUCGUACACACCAAUCCGGACUUUUCUCUGUGCCGCGAAGAGCUUACUUCCAUCAAUGGCCGGUCAACCACUAAGGACUCGGGGUGCCAGACGGAUGACAUCUUAAUUGCGGCGCCCUCACGCCGGCGAAUACGAGCCCAGAGAGGCCAGGGCAUCCCGACCUCUCUAUCCCACUCCACCGGCAACAUCACAUCGCUGCCGGACAACUCGGACGCCAUGUUCGCGGCCACGGUGGGCAGCCGCCUCCGCUCGCGCAGCCUGCCCCGGGAGGGGGGCCGGCUCGUGGACGAAGACCACGACAGCGACGAAGAGCUGUCUCCGUACGAGACCGAAGAGUUCCUGCCGGGACCCGAGCGCGUCUUGAAGGAUGAGGAAGAAAGUACAGAUGACCAGGCUAUGCCAGAUCAUCAGCUGGUCGGGCUGAAGUGCAAACAACAUGUAGGAAGCCCAGAUCACAACUGGAAUGAAAGAGGGCGGUCCAGGCUCCCCAGGAAGGUGGAUAUGGGAAGCUGUGAGAUUUCUUCCAGCUCAGAUACCUUCAGCAGCCCCAUUCACUCAAUUUCUACUACAGGAGUGUUGGGGAGCCAGAUAGACCACAAGGAGGACCAUCAGUCUUCCAGUGGCAACUGGAGUGGGAGCAGCUCCACAUGCCCCUCACAGACUUCAGAGACCAUCCCCCCUGCUGCUUCACCACCCCUGACGGGAUCUUCACACUGUGAUUCGGAGCUGUCGCUGAAUACUGCUCCUCACGUCAACGAUGACCCCACUGGCUUCAUUAUUGACCCGUACCAGACUGACAAAGUCAGAGGCCACAGGGCGAGUUCCUUUACCUCCACGGUAACUGACCUGCUGGAUGACCCAGGCAUGAGCAACGUGAGUGAUGGUGAGUGGAACUACCUUCACCAUCAGCAUGAUAAGUCCUGCCGCCAGGAUUUCAGCCCUCAGCGUUCCAGGGAGGAUGAGAGCAGCCUUGAGUGCCCAAGUUUCACAAGCAUGGCAACAUAUGAAAGUUUCAUGGACAAGCCACCAUCCGAGAAAGCAGAUUCAAGUUCGCACUUCUCUGUGGACACAGAAGGCUACUAUACCUCCAUGCACUUUGACUGUGGUCUUAAAGCUAGCAAAAGCUAUAUUUAUAACUAUGCAGCCAUGGGCACAGACUGUGGCCAGAGCGCAAAUGUUGCACCUAGUAUGGACGGAUACCCUCAGCAAGAGUACCAGGGUCAUAGAACAACAGGAAGACAGAGUCUUUCAUUCAAAAAACCAAAGGUGAAGCCAGCCCCACCAAAACGCAGUUCAUCAUUGAAGAAAACAAGCAGUGGUGCAAAUGUUCCUGACAAGAAAGAACCAAAGAUAAAUAGUGGGCAGCCCCUGCCUUUGUCUUCCAGGGAAAUGAAGCUGCAGCUGGACUUGGCCAGCUCCCCAGGCCAGUUGGAGAACCCCACUUUAGGUGAUGAGCCAGCAGAGCCCUGGGAAGUUGGAAACGCUGGAGAAGUAACAGAUGCCACAUUGUUUGGCUCCACAGAUAACCACUCCUUUAAAGAUGAAGGUGCUGUACAGUCUGACUAUGCAGAUCUCUGGCUCCUCAAUGACUUGAAAUCUAACGAUCCCUACCGAUCGUUGUCCAACUCCAGCACUGCUACGGGUACAACUGUCAUUGAAUGCAUCAAGUCGCCAGAGAGCUCCGAAUCGCAGACCUCCCAGUCGGGAUCUCGAGCCACCACUCCAUCUCUUCCUUCUGUGGAAAACGAGUUCAAGCUGGCUUCACCCGAGAAGCUAGCUGGCCUGGCAUCACCAUCUAGUGGGUACUCCAGUCAGUCGGAGACGCCAACAUCUUCCUUCCCCUCAGCUUUCUUUCCUGGGCCUCUGUCUCCAACCAGUGGCAAGAGGAAGCCGAAAGUCCCAGAGAGGAAAUCUUCUCUCUCUUCCCUGCAGCAACAGCAGCAGCCCAGAGAUGGAAGCACCUCAUCCAAGAAAGACCUUGAGCUACCAAUUAUACCUCCGACCCAUCUUGACCUAAGUGCUCUUCACAAUGUUCUCAACAAGCCUUCAGCCCACAGAAAUCCAAUGCACAUUAUCCAUCAGAACAAGCAAAAGGCAGCAGCUGCUGCUGCUGCUGCUGCAGCAGCACAUUCAGAAGCUCCAGGAUCAUCCCCUCUGGCCAUCACUCCCACUGUGCUGCGCUCAGUCCAGCUGCGAUCCGUCAGCAAGCCCAGUGAAGGGAGCCAGGACCGGCAGAAUGCUGAGGCUGCCCCUAAGCUUAAAUGUCCCACUGUGACAAUUGUCACCCCACCCACCACUAACAAAUCUCCAGAAUCCAAGAAACCAAUGUCCCACAGAUCCUAUGAGCCCCAUUCUCAGGAGUCCUCUCAAAUGCUGUUUACCCUGGGUGACAGACCCCCCACAAGGGAUGUAGCAUAUCUUGACAUUGCUAAAAGCAAGCAAGAACAAAAUGCCUCAGACCCCUCAGGGGCUAUGGCGGCAAUUACAGCUCCUUCAGACCCGUCAUGCACAGAAGACAAUCCUUUAUCGAAGCCGCCGAUUUGGACUGAAGCUCGUCACCCAGGAAAAGAGCUUCAGAAGGAGCAGGAUUGUGAAGGGAUGUCUGGGUAUGCUCUAUGCCCUGAAGAAGAAGAACAAGAGAGAAGUGGUUCAAAGAUUCAGUUACCUAGUAACAGCCUAGCAACAGUGCACAAUCAACCAUCAAGACCUGAGCCAGCUACUGAAAUCCCCUUCGUGUGUCUGACACAGGCAGAUUCUCCCCUUGCUCCCAGCAACACAACAAAGAAGUUUGACUUUGCUCCUUGCGACAGUAUUGACAAAGUGCCUGUAAUUAUAACUUAUCAAUCAGAAACAUCACAAGCUUACACAAUCAGUGAUACGAGUAGCAGAGAGCAGGAAUAUGAUGAGACAUCAGGUGUUCCUACCAGAAGUGCCUCACAGGACAGCAGGGAAGAGGGGACGCCAGACACUGAGGAUUCCUUCAGCAAAGAGUCUACACCAAGUGACAAUUCACUUUCGCCACUGAGUGAUGAGACAAAAGCUGAAGACGACGGUGUUUUUCUAUCUCCUAACAAACUACGCACUACAGAAGAUCUCUUUGCUAUGAUUCACAGAUCCAAAAGAAAAGUGCUGGGAAGGAAGGAUUCAGGGGAGUUGAGUGUGAGAAACAGGCUUACAGCGGCGUCUGGGAGCUCACCUGCCACCUCUCCUGGCACCCCAACUGGGUCCCAGCGAGCUCCGGGGCCCAUUUACAGGAGUGCCAAAAAAUCCAGCACCUCGAACGAGGAGUUCAAGCUGCUGCUGCUGAAAAAGGGCAGCCGCACCGAUUCCAGUUACAGGAUGUCGGCCACCGAGAUCCUGAAAAGCCCGAUCGCGCCCCGGUCUCCGGGCGACUUCAGCCCCGAGGCGCCCAGGCAGCCGGAGGACCCGCCCUCCCCUCUGCAGCAGCUCCUGCCCGCCGCGGAGUCCUUCUCCACCCCGUCCCCCAAAGCCAACACGGAGGGGUUCUCGCCAAAAACCUUCGGCACGUCUGCGUCCUCCAGGCAGGGCCGGUCCCGGGUGCCCCCCGCGGCGAACAGCAGCCGCUACAGCGUGCGCAGCCGCCUCUACACCACGCCCAUGCAGGCCAUCUCGGAGGGCGAGACGGAGAACUCGGACGGGAGCCCGCACGACGACCGCUCCUCCCCCGGCUCCUCGUAGAGACGUUUCGCAUAUCUAUUUUUCUUUUACUUUUCUUAAUAAAACACACAAAAAAAAACUAAACAAAAAAUGCCUGUUGAGCGAGAAAAAGGUCCAUGUCAUUGGAACUGGGAAUACCUAUUGUGCAAAUUGGGAAAAUGAGCCUAAAACGUAAAAAAAGACCCCCGUCUUUCUCUUUUGUAACAAUGAUCUCGACUUAUCGCUGAUACUAAAACCCGAUUUGGAAUACGAAAAACCUUAAUGGACCUGUCUCACUGUAUUACUGUAUUAGUUGUAUAAACUGGCAAUACUGUUUUAGUUUAUGAUUUUAUUUUUUUAAGGCUAUUGUCCUGUUAAAGUUACAGACGCAUACAAUGCAUUGUCUGAUGUUUGAUUAUACAAGAAAUUAUCACAUAAAAAACUGUUAAGAGUGAAAAGGACAGUAAAUGAUAUUAACAGCAGUCGUUUAAUAGCUAAAUAUCAAUAAACACCGGUCUUUUAAUAGCUAAAUAAUCUACAUUUACCUGCAUAUGCUACGUUCAUUUUGCUGUAAUGUAAAAUUAAUACAGGGAGCCCUUCUCAUAUCAAGAGUAAAAUGUUUAGCCUUGUAAAGAGUCAGACUGGCACAUGCUCAUCCUGAAAACUCUCAACAAAUGUACUGCAGUAAUGGUUCAGAAAACUAUGUAGGGUCCCUGCCUUGAAGAAUUUAAUGGAUGCUAAUAUAAUAAGGGAAGAAUUAUAUAGAAACUUAAGUCCAAUGAAACCUGCUUAUGACAGGUGCACAAGGGACAAUCUAAAUGUGGCCUUUAUGCUCCGAAGGUCUUAACAUACAGGGGAUUUGAUAUUUUAAAACGUUAUACAGGUAUUUGUGAGCAUCGUCAACGAAGACCGGCAUUCCUCCUUUACAGGAGAUCUUUAAUACAUUUGGCUAAAGCUUUAGGUUUUCAAACCUAUAACUCCUUUGCACUUGAUAUCUUGAUUAUCCAUAAGUAUCUCUUGAUAAUCUCUUUUAAUUGCCAUUGUGUAAAUAAUACAUAUAAAGAUUCCAAAUAAAAAAUAUAUGUAUGAAUAAAAAUGACACCAACUUGGAAGGUAGCUAAAACAUAGACUGAGGCACAGAAGAAAGAAAGACUGUGGGGCUGGUCGAGGGGUCUACAGUCUUUGUACAUUUUAGUAGCCUAGGUUGUCACACAUCUCAGAACUGGCUUGAGCUACCUUUGCUGAUACAAGUCUAUUUUAGUGAGAAGAUUCAGUUGUGCUCUUUUUUAAUGAAACAACCAGAAAUGUGAUGAGUGUGCAGCUUAUGUUUAUUGUGUCGUCACAUAUUCAAGGUCCAGGACAUACCUGAAGUAUUCUCUUAAUGACCUAAAACGGGAUUAACCUUCUAAUAUGGAAGUUACUGCUGCAGAUUGUUACUUGACUUAAUGUAACAUUAGCGUAAAGUGGAUGCUAAGGGAAAAUGCAGGCAAAUGAAAUAAGAAAUGUAUUCUGUGAAUACCUUUGCAAUCCUAUACACUGUUAAUUUGGGGCUAGUGUUAUUCCCUUUGAGGUGAAUACAGAUUUCAGCUAGGGUGAUUUACUUCUUAAAUAAGAAACACUCAGAGAAUUAAAACUGAUUCGCAAGAAAUGACACUGUGUAAGCUAAGCAAGGAAAAAGCUGUGAAGUCAGUAGUUAUCACACUCAUUAAUGCCAUAAUCUGUAAGUGUACUCUGACCAGCAAAUGGUCAGGUUGGUGCAUUUUUGUUUCUCAAUUCUUUUCCUCAUCAGCAUGCAAUAAGAACCAGUGGACUUUUGAAAAGGAGGUUUCGAAUUUUAAAAGAGACCGUAAUGUUAUUAAUAAGUAGGGAAAACAGAUUGCUUGACCUUGUAUUAUCGGUGUGUUCGAUAGCUGUAAAAAGUGUGUGAUCCUUUUUUAGUAAAUGUAAUCUAGAGUGGGGUUAAUUGGUAAGUGAAUAAACUGGUAACUGGGUGAUCUUUUUAAAGGUAUUUUGGUAUAUGAGGGAGGUAGAAAGGGGAGUAUGAAGUCAGGCUGGGUUGGAACUAGGAAUGAGAUAAGUCUUAAAAAGGGAUGCUAGAGGUGAAACCGAAAGAGAGAGUGGUCCGCAGACGAUGCAAUGUAAGGGAUUUUGUGUGUUUGUUUGAUGUGGCUAUGAAGCGUGGGAAGUGAAAAUUGGAAAGUGAAGUAGAGGAUAAAGAUAUGUCUCUCAACCUUUUGUGGUCAUUUUAACUCUUAUCCCUUAAUGAUGUCUAUAGCCAUUGUCAUUAGGUAACCGUGGCAACCACAGUAUCCACCAGGCCCUACCCAGUUACAGGUCUUUGAAGUCUGUGGAGUAUUAGAAGUAAGAACAGUAUUGUGACAAAACAUCUGCUUAAUACUAGCUUUGCUUUUAGUGUUUGGCAGGUAUACUGCAGAUCUAGUGCUGGAAAUUACACAGACACACACUGUUGACAAAUUCUGGUGUAAUUCUAUUCUAUUAAGACCAAUGAUAGCUGUCAUUUUCCAAUUUUGGUAGGACUGGUAGGGGGAAGGGUUAAGAUACACCACUAAUAUCAUUGCAGAGAAGGAAAUUCAGGAAGUGUGAAAUUCUUAAAACGCAUAGGUAUAUAUUAAAUUAUCAGCUGCUGUUCACAUAUGGCUUUGUUCACUGUUUCUUUUGAGCUCAUGCUUUUAUCAGUUACAACUGUAAUAUCAUUGCUUCUUUUGAUCAUUUCAUUUUAGCAAAAGACUAAACUGAGAUUUAUUUAUUUUUGUUACUUAAAAAAUGGAAGACAUAGCGUGAGUUAAAGGUUUUACGAAUUUACAGUCUCUUACAUUGGGCUUAUACUUAUAAAUCUAUUAAAUCUUUAUUAGAUAUUGAGAGAAAAAGAAAUAGAAGCUAUUUUUAAUGACCAGAUAUUUUAUCUAGAGACUUAUUUUGUUAAUAAAGAUUAUCUACAGAGACACAAAAUAAACAAAGCUUUAUUUAAGUAGACACUGGUUGAGUGGAAUUUAUAUCGGUUGGCAUUUCGAUCGCUGCAAAGAUUUGAAUUUUCUUGAUGGGAGAUGAAAAAAAUCCAAUUUCAUCCUAGACGUGCCCAUUGCUUUCAAAUUUAAAUGUGCAUAGCUAAGUACUGUUUUGCCACCAUAAAUAAGAAUUGCUUAUUGCCAAUAUUUCCCAUUGUCAGUGAAGUCUACAUGGGUUACAUUGUUCCAGGGCACUGCUUGUGUUAAAUAGAAAUAAAGAAAUUAUAUUUGUUAGAAUAUACUCUUGUUAACUGAUCACUAGUGACAUGAAUUAAAAAUGUAAAUGAUGUACCAAUGUAGCCAUAUUAUUAGUCUACCGAGACACCGUUAAAUGGCACUACAGUGUAGCAGUACCCAUAGUAGUGCUAUAACUUUCAACUUUAUUUUGGCCUUAAAAGUAAAGAUAAACAAACAAGUGAAACUAAUACUAUUGCUGUUUCCCCUUUACUACAUACCUAGGUUAUGACAACACCACUACAGAGUGCUAGGAAAAGUUUUAAAUAGGUCAUUUUUCUCUUUCGAAAAAUCUCUUUGAAAUAUAUGUAGGACUGUUGUAACUGCCAUUGUUUUAACAGGGUACACAAUGAGAAAUUAGUUGUGAACUAUCAUUCCAGCAUUAAACAAAUCUGACAUUUGCACUGAUAUCGAGAAGUUUUUGAAGUUUUUUUUUUUUCUUGCUGUACCAGGAGUUAUUUAUAUAGGGUUUCUUUUAAGACUGUUUGACUUUCCAUUUAACAGCUCAACAUGAUCCAUUAUCAAAUGUGCAGAGGCGAGAAAGCACAGUACAUGCUCUUGCCAAAGGGUUUCCGAAGUGUACAGGUGUAAGCAACAUUCAGAGGUUUUUGGUUAUUUGUGUAAAAAUAAAACAAAAAAGAAGGUUACAGUGUAACUGUUCUGGUACUAGACGCAAUUCAUUCUGGCUGAAAGCUACAGGUAAAUGGAUUUGCAUCUAUUUUGUAUUUUUGUACAAAUUUGUAAAUAUGAUCUUUUUAAAUUGUUGCAAAUAUGCUUCUUUUGUAAAAUGUUUUCAAAGUUUACAUUAAUUCCAAGCCUUUGUAUAUUUUUGAGCUGUGCAACACUUUAAGUCUUGUAUUUAUUUUUUAGUAAACAUUGUGAAAAUUCCAUUGUAAAUCUUCUCUCAACCAUCUGCCAGGGCAUCUGGCUGCUUAGUAAUUGUGCAUAGAAAAGGCCAAUAAAUGUGACUGCAUCGAAAAAUA